UUAGGUUAUUUCGUUUUCCUGUCUUCCCCCCCUUAGCCAUCCCUUUUGCGCGGCGCUCUCGCGGUCUCUCUCAGCCUUUCUGCCUGGAGCUGAAUCUAGGUGGCAAACAGGUCGGCGUGCGGAAUAGCACUGAAUAGGUAGAAAUAAGGCAAACUAACGGAGACGCAACAGGUCGGGGGCUCCGUGGCGAGGGCGAGCGGCGGCCCCUCGCUGCGCCUUUCGCGCAGUCCCUUAGACCCUGGGCGGCCGUUCUCGAGGACCCCUUCCGAGGUGUCCGUCCUCUGAGGGGCCAGGAGGGCCAGCCGGGAGGGUUUCAUUCCGGUUUUUACCUUUUUGCCACCAGUCCUCGGACUGAGGGUGCUUUUCAAGAAAGCGGAGAGGAUGGUCCACGUCUGCUGGUGUCGGCGCUGAGGAAAGCGGAGCUCCAUCUCCGCGCCCGAUCUCCGCCAACUAGUUGUGCAGCCACCCAGACUGAACUUUGGAGAAAUCGUCCUUCUUCCCUUUCAAGAUUCUUGGAAGUGGUAGAGAGUGGGAGGCGAAGCCGAGGCAGCUGAUCCCUCUACGAUGCUGGUGAAGAAGCAUGCAGGGAAAGGUGGGGGUCGGGAGCCAGGCUCCGAGGACCCGAGCCCCGCCAGGCAGCGUUGUGCCUGGACCGUGCCCCCCUGCACCGCCCUGUCGGCUCUUCUGUCGGUGGUGGCCGUGAUGUCUUGUCUGUACCUGGGGGUGAAAACCAACGACCUCCAGGCGAGGAUCGCUGCUCUCGAAUCCUCAAAAGGGGACCCUUCCAUCCAUCUGCUUCCCGAUGGCCUGGAUCAGCUAAAAGCAAUGGUGCAAGAGAAAGUGGAACAACUUCUGGCUCAGAAAUCCUAUGAACAUAUGGCUAAAAUAAGAAUUGCAAGAGAAGCACCUUCAGAGUGCAACUGCCCAGCAGGCCCUCCAGGGAAACGAGGUAAGAGGGGCCGAAGAGGAGAAUCUGGUCCUCCUGGUCAACCUGGUCCUCAGGGCCCUCCAGGUCCAAAAGGUGAUAAGGGAGAACAAGGUGAUCAGGGACCUCGGGGUCUGCCAGGCUUCCCCACAGUUGCUGCUCUGCACAGUAAUCAGAUCCUCACCGUCAAGGGUGACCAAGGACAGGCUGGGCCUCCAGGACCUCCAGGCCCUCCUGGCCCAAGAGGGCCUCCAGGGGACACAGGGAAAGAUGGCCCCCGUGGAAUGCCAGGAGUGCCCGGUGAACCAGGGAAACCAGGAGAACAAGGCUUGAUGGGUCCUCUGGGGCCUCCAGGACAAAAGGGUUCUGUUGGAGAACCUGGAAUUCCAGGGGUGAAUGGUCAAAAGGGUGAUCCCGGGUUGCCUGGAGCAGUAGGACAAAAUGGAAUACCAGGGCCAAAGGGAGAACCUGGAGAUCAAGGCGAAAAGGGAGAAGCUGGAGAGCAUGGCCCCAAAGGUGACACAGGCGAAAAGGGUGACCCUGGAUCAUCAGCUGCAGGAAUUAAGGGAGAACCUGGAGAAUCUGGUCGCCCAGGACAAAAGGGUGAACCAGGGCUUCCUGGGCUUCCUGGACUUCCGGGGAUAAAGGGAGAACCAGGUUUCAUUGGUCCUCAAGGAGAACCAGGCUUACCAGGGUUACCAGGAACAAAGGGUGAACGCGGGGAGACAGGGCCUCCUGGAAGAGGUGAGCGAGGGGAGCCUGGAGCUCCUGGACCAAAGGGCAAACAAGGUGAAUCAGGAACUAGAGGCCCAAAGGGGUCAAAGGGUGAUCGUGGAGAGAAAGGGGACUCUGGAGCCCUGGGACCAAGGGGUCCACCUGGUCAAAAGGGAGAUCAGGGAGCCACUGAGAUCAUAGACUACAAUGGCAACCUUCAUGAAGCCUUGCAGGGUCCCCCUGGACCACCUGGACCUCAAGGACUACAAGGGCCAAAGGGAGAGCCAGGAUCUCCAGGAAUCCCAGGAGUUGAUGGAGAGCAGGGACUUAAAGGCUCAAAGGGAGACAUGGGGGACCCAGGUAUGCCAGGUGAAAAAGGAGGAAUCGGACUUCCUGGAUUACCGGGUGCCAAUGGAAUGAAAGGAGAAAAAGGAGACUCCGGAUUGCCAGGUCCUCAGGGUCCUUCUAUCAUAGGCCCACCAGGCCCACCAGGCCCCCAUGGCCCACCAGGUCCCAUGGGACCCCAUGGACUUCCUGGACCAAAGGGUGAACCAGGGUUAAAUGGUGUUAAAGGAUUGAAGGGUGAACCAGGUCAAAAGGGUGACAGAGGACCCCUUGGUCUUCCAGGAGCAUCUGGCUUAGACGGAAAGCCAGGAUCCCGGGGUACAGAUGGCCCUAUGGGACCCCAUGGCCCCGCAGGUCCCAAAGGAGAAAGAGGUGAAAAAGGAGCUAUGGGAGAACCCGGACCCAGAGGACCCUAUGGUUUGCCUGGGAAAGAUGGAGAGCCUGGUCUUGAUGGCUUCCCUGGUCCACGAGGCGAGAAGGGUGAUGUGGGAGAAAAGGGAGAAAAGGGGGAAAAGGGAAAGAAAGGCAAAAAGGGGCCUAAAGGGGAGAAAGGAGAACAGGGUGCUCCUGGAUUAGAUGCACCUUGCCCGUUGGGGCCAGAUGGAUUACCCAUGCCUGGCUGUUGGCAAAAGUGAUGAAUCUAACCUUCCGAGCAUGAAGUUGUAUAUAUAAUGGUCCACUUUUUAUAUUUA